AUGUCGGACAGAGCUGAGGCUGCACUUAGUUUCCAGAGCGCUGCGACACCGCACCGGAUGGUGCAACUUCAACGAGAUGUGGAUACAGUACGCACGCGGCGGAGGGAGCUCCGGGAAGCCAUCAUUGAGGAACGCCGUGCAGAGAAGCUCCGCAUCAAGGAGGCUCGGAAAUCCGAAGAGCUCAAAGCCCAGGCUCAGGAGAGGCGUCAAUGUAAGGAGACAAGAAAGCGCCACCGUCCACCACAUGCUUCCGCAUGGGGGACCACCGAGCAUUUCCUCAUGGAUUCCUUUACCCUGCAUGGGCAAGAUGACGAUUGCGACCGUGCCAUGGCGGCACAGCUGGGCUUGGAUGACGAAACCUACCGUCAGCUCAAGUCGCUCGAGGGGCGGGAGAUCCGACCGGAAGACUACGAUCUGCUCGGAAGGCUUGACGAGAACCUCAAGCGCGAAACGCUGGAAGGCAAAUGCCUCCAUGUCUUCCCAACAGAGGUCUAUGAGCUGGGUUCCAAGGAGCCUGCAUCUUGCGGUAUAUGCUUGGACGAGUUUGAGACUGGAGAAGUUCUUCGAACGCUGCUUCCUUGCGGCCAUCGAUUUCACAGGAGUUGUAUCGACCGCUGGCUCACAGAGACGUCCGCGCUUUGCCCUGUGGACAAGAUCAACGUCGCUGAGUACCGGGCAUGCCUCGCAAGCUCUGGCGGCGAAGGAUUGAGUUGA